GGGCACUUCGGAGAAGCCGGAUUGGAUCGCAGUAUGUGCGACCAUUAUGUAUAUAAAGAAUGAUAACUUCUGCUACAUGGGAUGCCCAAUAAUGAUAGGAGAUCGACAAUGCAACAAGAAGGUCACAAACAAUGGGAUGGGAAGUAUAGAUGUGAUCGCUGUGAUCGAUGUGUUGAUGAAUGCGAUUACCGGUACAUUCUCCAGCUUCAGAUACAGGACCAUACUGGGAUAGGUUGGGUGACUGCUUAUCAGGAAGCAGGUGAGGAGAUAAUGGGAGUGUCUGCAAAGGAAAUGUUUCAGCUGAGGGCCGAAGGGGAAGACGAGAGAUUCGGAGAAAUUCUCCGAAGGGUUCUUUUCACCAAAUAUGUAUUUAAGCUGAAGGUGAAGGAAGAGAUGUUCAGUGAUGAGCAGCGUGUGAAGUCAACAGUGGUAAAAGCUGAUAAGAUGAACUUUCCAUCUGAGUCUCGGUUCCUUCUGGACUUGCUGGACAAGAGCACCAGUGAUGUCGCAGGUUCUGCUGUUAAGAUGGAACCUAAUGCCAUCCCCAGUUCUACAAUGAGCGGAUUGGCAGGGGGAAGCAGUGGGGUCGUGCAACAGCCUUCAGCAUUGGGUGGGAGCUAUCCAGUGGGUCCUGCAACAACACAGUCGGGUCAGUAUGGAAGUCCAUAUGGUGGUUCUAGGGUCCCUGGGACAAGCCCGCUGAACCCAUCAAGCUGUACGAGCAGUGGCGCAAUUGGACACAGCUCAGCGAACUGCGCGAGCAUCAUGGGUGGGCCGACUCCGGCAACGGGCGGGCAGUAUACAAGCCGAGCUGCUUAUGGGCAAGGAGCGAGCGGGGGUGCUUCUGAUAUGUGCUACAAGUGCCACCAGACAGGGCAUUGGGCAAGAGACUGCCCAGGGCUCAGUUCUGUCCCUCCAGCUUAUGGAGGGAGGUAUGGAACAGUUCCGAGGUGAAAGCCUUAUCGUCCUCCUUUUUAAUCUUGGUUACGUUGGCUCCUAUUUUUGUGAUUAGUUAUUUAGUAGUUUGUUUUUGUUUGGAGCUUUGGGCUGAUGUAUAAGCUUUUGGACACCUCUAGCUUUAUGUGUAAAUUUGUAAUGGUGACCCAAAUAUGUACUUUCAUAAUCGAAUGAAACGUUGUAGGAUGUA